AUGGCAGAAACUCCAUCUUCCCAGCAUUUAACCCGAGCUUUUGAAGACAGCGAACAAGAGCUGAAAAAUAACUUGCCACCAUGGUCUGAAGCUGACUUCAAGCAGCGACUACUAACAGUUUUUCUAUACAUCGCCAUAUAUCUCCCAGUAGUCGUCCUUUUAGGUUUAGUUAUCGGAGGAUAUAUCAUUUAUCUGAUUUUUUAUAUUUACCCUUUAGUAGGCGACACAGAUGACAGGCCAGAGCUUUAUUACUGACAUAGCGAUAGUGAAAAAACAAAUGCAGAAACCCGGGGGUGGAUAUUUUUUACCUUGGUUACAUGGUGCAUCUUCUGGAUAUUGGUAAGCCACUAUAGAGCGCUAAAAACAGACCCAGGCCAAAUCCCUCGAGAAAGAGAAUGGGAUAUUCCUGAUGAUGAAAACGACGAGUCCUCCUCAGAAAGCGUCGUUUUGAUUGAAAAAAGAAAAGACGGGUCUAUUAGAACUUGUGCACGAUGCACUAUGAGAAAGCCAGACAGGACUCAUCAUUGCAAACAGUGUGAAAGAUGCAACUUGAAAAUGGACCAUCAUUGUAACUGAGUAGCAAACUGCGUCGGAUACUUCAACUAUAAGUAUAGUUUUUCAUAUAUUUUAUAGGAAUCCUAUAUAUUGAGUUUAAUAUGAAACAUCAAAAUAAAUGCUUGAAAAUGCAAAUAAAAAUUUAAUAUAUGAAAGGAUGGUUGACAAAUGCAAUUAAUCUAUAGGCAUUUAUAGUGAGUGGAAGCUUCUCUAAAGGUUUUUAUUUUUUACGCUCACAAUAAUAAUAGAGAAUAAAUAAGGUAUUAUUUACUAUAAAUAGAUAUAUAUUUUUUCUUGAUAGUCUUUUAUGGAGCUGUUGCAUUAGCUAUUUUUAUAUCAACGUUUUGGGAAACAGUCGUAGUAGUGCUUAAUGAUUCUGAAUCGUCAGCGGCACUAUGCUUUUUUGUGGUCCUCUGCUAUUCUUUGAUAUUAAUGCUCGGAAUUGCGGUCAUUGGAUUUUGUAUUUUCCAUAUAAGACUGAUGAUACAGAACUAUACAACCAUCGAGUACUGUGAAAAAAAGAAGCAAAAGGUGCAGGAAUACAAAGUAUCACCUUUCGAUAAAGGGGCUUGGAAUAACUUAAAGGAGGCACUAGGGAAAAACUGGUACUGGUGGCUUGUGCCUUUUAAUUAUAGAGAUCCAGAUGAGAAGGGACUUCAUUUUGGACGUAAAUAA